AUGGAUCCUCGUCCUCCCAGUCAUUUCUCGCAUUUUAAGAGCUAUCCAAAUGAGCCACCAGGAAUGCUAAAUCCUAUGAACUUCCACCACCAGCAGUUUCCACAGCAUCUUUCAUUUUCACAUCCAUCGUAUGCCAUGAAUUUCCCGCACCAGCAAUUUCCACAGCCACACCUGUAUCCACAAAAUGUCCAUUAUGUUGUUGUCCAACCACAAUAUGCUCCUUUUUCACUACCACAACCACCACAUCCACCUGUUGGGAUUAUGCCAACACGACCACCUCCACCUGCUGGAGUUAUGCCAUCACCAGCAGUGGCCCUUCCACGUCCACCACCUGCUCGGGAGAUGCCAUUUAUGACAGUGCCAGGACCUGCUGGGGCGAUGCCAUUUAUGACAGUGCCAGAUUCAGGAACUCCACAUUCCGUAACUGGUCCGGAUGAACAAGACACUGUUAGUGAGGACAAUGAUGAGAACGAUCCUGAUAAGGCUGCUAAGCGAUUGAUGUGGAUGGAAGAGGAGGACUUAAGAUUAAUUAGUGCUUGGUUAAACUGUCCAAAGCUGAAGAAUUUCAAAAGGAAGGAGGUGUGUUGGGGGUAUGUUACGCAGGCGUAUAACAAAAGUACUCCAAAUGAUCGGAGGAGGGAAGCAAAUCACUUGAAGAGCCACUGGUCGAAGACCAAUAAGAAGAUUGCCCAGUUCUAUAACUGUUGGUGCCGAAUCAAGGAAAAAUAUGCCAUGGUCCAGUCUGACUGCAUGCAACUUAUGGAUCAAACUUGGGCGAUGUACUAUGAGGAAGCAAGGGAAAUGUAUCUUGAGGAAGCAAAACAUCAUUUCGCCUUCAGCCAUUUCUGGAAAGCUGUUUGGGACCAACCCAAAUGGUUAAGGUACAUCUCCAAGAGGACCAAGUUGUCUGAGUCUGGGGACUGUACGUCAUCAUCUGAAGAUGACGAAGAUGCGGCUGAAAAAGAAGCAAGCCAACAAGGUUGCAUGACUGCUAAGAAACAGGAUGGUCAAGGCAAGACGUCGUCUCACUCAUUGGUGUUGCAAGAAGCCACUCAAUGUGCAGUGGAUCCUCAAGACUUGCUUAAGGACAAUCAAAAGGAGAUGACUGAGUUACAGCUUCAGCAUGAAAGUGCAGUGCGGGUAGAUAUUCCUGAAAAUAAAAUACAUCCGCAAGGUUGCAACAUAGCAGAACAUGCAAGAACAGUGAAUGGUGAUGUUCCUGGACAAGAGACAACCCAGCGAGGUUGCAUGGUGGCAAUGGGCAAACGGAAACGUAAAGGCAACUUAUCAUCUUCUCCCAUGGAAGUGCAGGAAGACAUUAAACGUGCAAUGGAUCUGCAGGCCAUGCUUCAGAAGGAUCGUGAGAAGAUGUCAGAGGUACAAUUGCAUCUCUCGAAGGAGAAGCUUGAGUUGGCCAGGCUAAAGCAGUUGGAAGCGAAGGACAAGAAGGAAACAAUGCUCUACGAGAAGUACACAGAGCUGUUGACAGCCGACACUCAGGGGUUCAACGAGUUCCAGAAGGAAGAGUAUGAGAAGGCAGUGAAGCGCAUGGGAGAGAUGCUAUUUGGUAAAGAUGCCAAGUAG